UUAGAAUGCGUGGAUUGUUGUGAAAGAUAUUCUUCAAACAGUUCUUGUGAAAGUCAUGAGCCACCGGAAGAGCUACACCUUGAGCCCUGAGCCAAGGGAGAGACUCCCGUCGUUCACUGAUGAAGGAACGUACAGAACGCAUUCAAAGGAAAGUGAAGCGAGUCCUGCGUUGACUGGUGGAAGCCAGACUCCAGGGAGCACUGGAGGAGAGGGGUUUAAAUAUGAAGAGGGCCAGGACAAUGUCCAGAGCUCUGGCGUGAGAAGAGCAACAGAAGACCUGGCUGGGUCACCUUUGAAGGAACCCGUAAUUCAGACAAAUAGUAAUAAUGCCUGCAACCUGGAAAGCUAUUAUUUCUUUGACAACCCUGGCACAAGUAAAUGUGAAGAAACGGUGAAGGAUAGGAGCAAUUUCAGAGACAUCUUUAGGAAAGUAUUAAACGAGAUUAGAUCAGGGAAAUCACCGAAAGCAACUCCUACAAAAACUGCAAGGCAAGAUGACAUCACUGCAGGAAGUAGGCUGGAUGGGGGCCAGUCGAAGAUGACUGGGAAACAGGAAAAGAGAAGGUAUAGUAGUCAGUCUGGGCACAAUGUUGGAUGCGAAUCAGAUGCAAUUGAUGAGAGAAUAGCCACAAACGAAUUACCAUGCCCCCAUGAUAUUGAUAGCAAGCAAGUUGGAAAACGGGACAUGAAUAUAUCUUCACAAAUGGAAAACACUGAAAUUAAAAGUGAAGGAAGUUAUGGUUGUUCGUCCGAUUCUUCUGAAGUUCAAAGUGUAGACCUACCUGCAACGCCUGGAAAUAUAUCCCAAGGAAAUUUUAGAGAUGGCCACCUUGCUUCUACAGCUGAGAGUUCUUGUCAAAUUCAUCCUGUUCUGGCCAAAGUUUCACUUGAAAAUUAUGAAAGCUCAAGUGGCCAAGCAAAGUUUUCACUUUGUGAUCGUGACAAAUCUAACAACAACCUUCGUGUUAGUUCCAAAACGUCAAUAGAUACCGACUGGAUUUUUGGUUUGUUUCCGUCAGAUCACAAACGAUCGUUUCAAUCUAAUAAUUCCCACAAUGAAGACAUUGAUCAUUCAGAUGAACCAAUAACCGGACAAAGCAAAAGAACCGCAUUGGCUGAAGAAUCUGUCCAAGGUAAAAGCAAUAGUUCAUGUAGUGCAAUAAAUAGUGCAAAACACAGUGCUUGCUUGAAAGAGAGCAAAACGACUCCUAGUGCAAUAUCGAUAGAUGGCAAGGGCGAACUUGGCAAAGAUUCUAAUGAAAAUGAUGAGAACUCUGGUGAUGAUUGCGGGAGGAAAGUUGAACAGAUUGGAAUUGUCGCCAUCCCGGAUCUCCAGGUUAGCUUAUGUGAGGAUGUAGAUCUUGUUGGAAAGACAGAAUCUGAGAGCCAUGAGAAACCUGAUUUUGGGGAUGAAAAACAAAAGUCCGGUGGUGACCUGGUAGUGGAUCGCAUCCAAUUCUCUCAGGUGGUUUGGACGGUGAUGCGGUACCUGAGUGACACCGCUCUUGAGAAAGCGAGACGAACAUUCUCAGUUGGCGACGACCAGUUGAUGAGGAUACGGCAGCAGCAACCGGCCGGCGCCAAGUCCACCAACUCCAACUCCAACAUCUUUGACUCCGUGAAGGAGGAAGAUGAGGCUACAGCCCCUCCUCCACUUCCAUCCUCCCCCCUGUUGCCAGGGCAACCCGCAGCCAAUCAGGAGAGUGCCUUUGAGGAUGUCUUUACACCCAACUCGCUGACGGAAACGCAGAAGAAAGCCCGCAAUAUUGCUCGGGAUUUGAAGGAUAAAAUGCGCUUUCUGCGAAGGCGUCAUACAGACAGUUCACUACGAGACACCAACAAAUUCAACUGCGAGAAGAUUUCUUUACUCGAGGUGGAGGACGUACGGAAAUGGGGCGAAUCAUUCGAAAACUUGUUGAGAGAUAAGAAUGGGCUGGAAGCGUUCAGAAAGUUCCUCCAAACCGAGUUCAGCGAUGAAAACAUUGAAUUCUGGUUGGCCUGCGAGGACUACAAGAAGCUCAAAUCCUCGAAGCUUUCUUCCAGAGCAAGGAAGAUAUACGACGAUUACGUCACGAUACAGGCCCCAAGAGAGGUUAACCUUGAUUCCAGGACGCGGCUGGAAACCGUCGACAAUCUGAGCGCACCAGACGAGCACACGUUCGACCAAGCCCAAAAGAGGAUAGAAGCGUUGAUGGAGAAGGACUCCUACCCGCGGUUUUUACGGUCCGAGAUUUAUCAGAAGCUCCUACGCGAGAGCAGUAAAAAGGGGAAGUGAUGAGGGCCCAGGUAGUUGCCAUUUGGCGGACUCAAUAUGAACCACAUCUUUUCACGUUUUUUAAUGUAUUAUAUAUAUUACGAAGAGACGUGUGUUAACUCUGUAGCGGUGAGAAGAGGAGGUGGAGCGAACCAAAGCACUUUUAGUCGUACACUCGUAGAGUUCUGCACCCGAGGGCUACAACAAUAGCUGCAUCAUUGACGCGUUGGGGAUCUUAUAAUAGUGCCCCCUCUGUUGUUGAGAUGAGAUUACUACAGAUGGAGAGUCUUUCCUCCAGCCAAGUUUGGAUUCAUGCUGAAUUGAAACUCUGGGAAGUUUUUCUGUUUGUUUAUAGUGAUAUCUCCGUAGCAACGGAUAAUCUUUGAUAGCCUAUCAUGAGAACUUGUACAUUUUUUAGAUAUUGUUUUUUUUUCUUUUUUAGCCAUUUGGAAACUGCUAUUCUGGCACCUGUCAAUCACAUAAGCAUCACCAUGACAACCAUCUAACAAUGCACCUGUGCACCAUGGUACAGACGACAGAAUCUUGCCACGUUUGUUACUGUAAUAUACCGCCCUCUGUAGACUGCAAUAAUAGCUAACGAUCACCCGGCCUGCUAGUGAAUAAGCAACUCGCCCACCCCCCUGAAUCUGUGUUAUGUGCAAUGUUAUUUAAUGGUGUUCUAGACUAUUUUAUAUACGAGUUGUAUAAGAAAAUCGUGUGCAGUAGAUGUAAAUGUUGAUAGGUAUUUUGCUCUUUUUGUUUGCUUACAAAUUGAUUCUCGAAUCGUGUGGGUAUACAGUAUGUGAUUUAUUCAAGGGAUUUCUAGGUAAAAUGUUUUGGUUGCUUGGGAUAUUUUUUUCCGAAAACUCCAGAAGUUUGAGACCUUUUUACAACUGCUGUAUGAAACUUUAGUGUAUUCCUACAUGUAGAUACAUUUUUUUAAUGUGUAUAUCAAACAGUGCAACUCAAAGCUGAUAGAAAAAAGUGCUUUGCAAGGUAUUUUCCUAAUUCGAACUAUAUUUGUCAUAUAAUAACAUCACUGCCAUAGUCUAGAAGAUAUGUCAAUAAUUAAUAUUUCUGACUUCUAAUGUUACCAAAAAAAUAUUCAGUAGUUGAAAAAAUUACUAUCAAUUCCAACAAAUAUUCUUUAUCAAAUUUCCUGCAAGGAUGAUAGGGAGAUGUGUUUUUGUUGUUGUAAGUUUUCAAAUAAAUUGGCAUCAAGUGUAUUCUUGUUCAGGAUUAAUGAUAGGAAAUUUGAAAUAUAUAUAUAUACUCCUGAAUGAAUUCGCUUAACUUGUUCCUUUAAGUCUGUUUUCCUGUCUCAAACCUACUUCUUCCCACUCCUUAUAUUCUUCUUCCUCUCUCAUCAAUAAAUUGUCCUUUUCUUAAUUUUUGUCUUAUGUUUAUCACUCCUACACAAGAAUACUCGUAGUCAUUAUAAAAACUUAUUCUUUUAUAUAAAUGAUACAAAAUUGUAGACAAAAGUAGGAAUUUCUUCUUUUUUUCAACAAACUGAAGCCAUUGAAACCCUUGUUCCUGUUGCCAUUCCAACUCCCCCUCUUUCUACCCACUCCAUCAUUUUAACUUCAUUAUCUCUUAUUGAACUUUUAUCUACCUUAUAAUCUUAAUAUCCCCACCUAUGUAUUCCUAAGCACAGUAAUUACAAACAGAUGCUAUUUCUUAGAAAAAAAAGUAAUUAUCUUAUUAAUCAUUUUGUGACCAAAGAACUUAUUGCUUUGGGAAAAAAGGGGGAGGCCAAUUAAAAUUUCCUGUUAUUCAGUUCAUUUUUAGUGACAUUCCUGCUAUAUAUAAGGAUUGUGGUUUGAAUUUCCAUCAAAGGAGCUGCCCAGCAUGUGUAUGGUUUAGACAACACAUGUGACAAUAACUAUAUGUAUUGUAAGCCAUUUGAUCAUUUAAUAAUAUCUUGUGUCAAGAAUGACAUUAUUGACACCAACAAAAAAAAAGAUUUCUAAUACUAAACUUUAGUGUUAAGCUCGGUGCAUACUAUGCGAUUUGAUACGAUGCAGCUUGUUAAUAAAUCAAAUUUUGCGUUGAAUGUGAAAGUUCCAAGAAGUAAAAUGAUUUUAUUUGAAGUUUGGCACUAUGUAAGGAAUAAUAAAAUCAUAAGUUUGUUUUGCGGCCAGCCCUGUGGUUCGAGUAAAGUCCAAAUUCUUGGCUUUAAGUGGAAGCCGAUGAUGACGUCAUUAUGAUUUGGAAAUGAAUUUGCUUUUAUUCCUACAGGGAGGCUCGCACUGGACUGAAUUUCGAUUUCAGUAGUCCAACCACUAUUCUGAAACUCUGAACGCCAAGAUUUCAUUGGUUGGAAUGUUCAUAUCGAAUGUUAUUACGAUUUCUUUGACAUUCAGAUCACAGCAAAUCGUAUAGUGUGCUGGGGGCUUUACUAAGGAAAUGGUUUAUUAAUAUCAAGAAUGGAAUUCUGGGUAUCAAGAAAUAGUAUUAAUUGAUAAAGUGGCUUGCCAUACAUAUAUUGGUUUAUAAAAUGGCUUGCCAUACUUAUAUUGGUAUAUGCUUGAUACUUCGUUUUCUAAGGUGUGACAUUCCUUAAAGCACCCUGGCCAAGGCAUCAACAUUACCCUUUUAUCAUCUGAAUUAAAUAGUAUCUACCAAAAAUCUGUAUGUGGGAGUGUCAAAUUAAAAUUCCGAAGCAAUCAUUUUGUAAUGUAAACUGGACAUUUUAAGUGCGACUCUAAUGGGGCGUUGCAAGAAACUUGCGAUCAAUUGCAAGUCUAUUUUCGUUCCUGAAAUCAAGCAUAUGCCGUGCAAUUAAUUGCAAAUUUGCGAUUGAUUGCUACUCUGCUCCAUGAAACAAGGAGUAUAAUCUGAUUUUCUAAAGUUAAAAGUGAUCAAUCAACUGGAGAAUUGCAACACAAUAAUUGCGAUGAUUGCAAAUAUUUUCUUGCAACACCCCCUAAGUCAUACUCAACUAUUUGUAAAACACCAACCUGAUUUCUAAAUAAGUUUUUCUCAUAACUCAAACUAGAUAUUUCAUGGACCACUCAGAAGAGAAUGCACACAUUCUCCAGUCUUUGACUAAUGGUGUGAAUUACAAUUUGGAAUACUUGAACAUUUUUGAAUGAUUGAUAGGGAGUGUAUCAUUAUAACAGUAAAUAGUAUGAUUAAACAGUAAAAUAUAGGAUAUUGUCUGAUGGCAACAAGGGUAAUAUGACAACUCCAGCAUUUUUCCAAGAUGAAAGGUCAGAGGUCAAACUCCAAAGAACAUCUUACUUUGAAUGACAACUCUGUUUUUAAGCCCAACCAACCACUAGUCACCAACCAGUGAGUUACUUUACUUGGAAAUUAAAAGUCAUCCACAGAGUGUAUGCAAUACAAGAGACCACAUUUUCCCCCAACCACCCAGUGCCGGCCGCACAGAAACGUUGUUAGCCUCACAAAGUGCUAACAGUAAGCCCAGUCACAUCUUUCGGAUUGUGAAGUCAAAACAUUUAUUUCAAUGUCUAAGUAAUGUAUUGUUGUAACAUUAGGCAUCGCUGCCACAUUAUCAGUUGUAACAGGGUCUCUGUUAGCGCUAACAACGUUUCUGUGCGGUCAGUACAGGUCGCUUACACAAUUAUAUAUGACUGGUAACCAUUAAGGAGCAUAUGAAAUGACUGAAUAGAGAUAUUCAACAUGCGACUGUGGAAUUACUACCAGUUACACGUCGGGGAUCUGAUCUUGUGAAUGUGUGUGGUUUUACAAUUUUAUGUGCACAGGAAAAUUCAUAUCUACCAAUCAGUCAAAAUGCACAAUUUUUAUGCAUAGCUUCUUUCAGUUUUUUUUUUCUUGAAAGGAUUAUAUUUAUAGAGAAAGUCGUGUGAUUGUACUGCAGGUCUCGGAACAAGGUGUAGAAAAUAAUGCUAUAUUUUUGCAGAUAAUAAACGCCAGAGGUUGAUGUUUUUUCUAUAAUCAUGGGUAUGAUUUGUAUCAGGUAUUAGCAGUAAAUACGACUUAGAAAUAUCAUAUGAUAUGAUAUUAUAUGACCUGUAACAUCACUAUGCACAUGUGUGAAUACUAAUAUAUAGCCUACACCUCGUGUUGAUCAUAGUCAUGGAUAUGUGUUUUAGACAAAAAAGAUGAUUUUUCUAUCAUUUUUAGACUUGAUGUCGCGUCUCAAUGAUGUACAAGUGGCGCUUUAAAUCGCAAACUGUAAUGGUCCCAGCCUGUCCCAUGAAUUCUUCAGAGGAUAUUAGAUCUGAAGUAUAGGUCGUUAUUCUGAAGCGCACAGUUUAAUGAAAUAAAGAAUGAAUGUGUUGUAGAGAAACUUUAUUGGUAAUUAAAGAUCCGGAGUCCUAAAAGAUUUAAUAAUAA